GUGUACAAAUCUGAUUAUGAUUCACAGCAAAUCAGGAAUUACACUAUAAUUAGAUCAAUUGAUACCAUCAUAGACCAUUCAUCAUAGAUAGAUAGAUAUCUACAUCAUAAGUAGGGUCAAUAGAAGUAAGAGACUCUAUUCAAGAUCAUCAUAUUGAGAUACCAUUAACGGAAGUAGGAAAGAUCAGAGAAGGCAAAUAAAGGACAAGGACACAAACACAGCCAAGAAUAGCAUAGAGCCAAAGGAGGAAUAAACUUGGAUAUAAUCUAAUAGAAUGAGUGGACGAAGUACAAUGCCAGGAUCAUAUCCUAUACAGGCGACAUCAACCAAUUCAUCAAGUCGAUCGUAUGUUAAUCCAAUAGCUAGCAAUAUCCUAGAUCAAGAAUUAGCUACUAGUUUUGAAGGUAAACAUACCAUAAAUCUUAAGAAUAAACAUCAACAGCAUAUUGUCAUUCAAUUAGAAACAUUAGUGUAUAUACUAGUUGGAUAUCAAUUCAUCAAAUAUUGUCAUUCAGCAUGUAUUAUGCCUAUAAUAUUACAUAUCUCAGUACAACGGAUUUUAGGAUGUGAAGUUAUAACAUCAAACACCGCCAGUGGAAGAUUAAGUGGAAUACCAGGGAUAUUAAUCUUACGAAAUGAUGAUGAUAUUGAACCCACUUUAAGAGAACAAAUUAAACAAUUGGUAUUAACCAAAGCUUGUUUCACCAUAUAUUGGAAAACUAUAUUCACGAUAUUUUAUCAUACUAUAUUUAUCACAUCAUGGGUAAUGUCAAUUAAUAAUCAUGGACAUUUGAAACUGUUAGAACAUGGGACUUGGUGGGUUAUAUCGUUCAUUGGAGAAGAAACUCCGACUGAUAUCUUACCAUCUACAAAUUAUUGGUUAAAGUUAUAUAAAUUAGGAUUACCAGGUUUAAUCAUCACUGAUUUAUUAAUCUUAUUCAUUCAAUUAAUACUAUACCAAUGUAUUUAUAAACAAUCAACUUAUUUAAAUAAUGAUAGAAGUGUCAAUGAACAAGAAGUUUACUUACUUCGAACUAUUGGAGAAUCAUCAUCUAAAAUUGAUGAAAGUAUAGAUACUUUACAAGCGGUACCAUUAGUGUUAAAAGUAAAGCUUUAUGAAUGUUUUUCAUCAGAAGCAUAUUUACCAGAGGUGGAAGAUUAGCUAGAACUUAGUAAUCAUUUUUAAUAAAUAAAAUUUAAUAGGUGUAAAAUGUG